CGAAUUUAUAUAAACCUGCAUUUCGUUGUAAUAGUGAGACAUUGGCCGAUGCUCGCAUAUUUGAACCAACGAAUUUGACAAUUCAGUUUGUUGACAUCUGUGCCACCGUUGUUGGCAUUCAGUGUGUUCGCUGUGUGUUUGACAUAAAAGUGUAAUUCUUCUCCGGAGCAAGUCGAUUUUGAUUUGUCUCUUCACCAUUGAAUUUACGAAUCGUAUCAAAAUGAUUAAAUAAACUAUUGAAUGUGACAAUUGUCGAACGAGAGACAGAGUGAGAAAAAAGUGUAAAAAAAUGUUCAACGUUGAAAUGUGUGUAUCGACAAUGUUUACUUAAGUUUUUAACAUGAGUUGAGGUAAAUUCGGUCAACUGUCACACCACACGCACCAUUGAUUAGCAGUGAUAAGCAGAAACCGUCAUUAAACAGCGUUUUAGCUGGGACGUAAAGAAAUUUAAAAAAGAAGACAUUGAAAUCGUGGGGUGGCGUGAAUUCGUUGAUACACGGUUGUUGUUUUUGCACCAUUCUGCGGAUCACUACAUCUGGAGAUAGACAUUUUACGCCCAAAAAAUGACCUAUCGACCUCGGGGAACGCUAGCUCGUACGCUUUACGAUAAAAUCCACAAUGAUCAAUACCUGGAGGGAUAUGACAUGAGAUUGUGGUACACGCUAUCAAAAACACUGCCAGAUCGCUAUCAAACCAAGUUUUUGGCACUGGAAAAACCCGACGAAACCACGUUGCACUGGUUGAAUCGAGCCAAAGAGCUGUCCAGUAAUCUCUGGCUACAGCUAUGGCAUUUAGUUGCACGAACAUUCCUUAGUUUUUUUAUGACACAAACAUCGAUUAAUGGCCUUCUUCGUCGCGGUUCAAUGUUCAUUCUAUCCGAAGAACAGUUCAAGUGGCUCCUUACAUUUGGUGGAUUCAAUGUAAAUCGUUUAUCGGCCAAAGACAACGAAAUUUCAAUAUUAGAUAUUGGUGCGGGUGAUGGUGAGGUCACCAUGCGACUAGUCAAGGGAAUUGUGCAUAUGAAAAAUAACAUUUUCCUCAAGGUGUUUGCCACUGAAUAUAGCUGGACUAUGCGCGAACGUCUACAGGAAAAGAAAUUUAUUGUGAUUGAUAAGCUAGAUGAAGUGGAGAACGUUGAUUUGGUAUGUUGCCUAAAUGUGCUGGAUCGAUGCGCCGAUCCGCAUCAAAUUUUAAAUGACAUUCAUCGGGCUCUGUCGCCCGAAGGACGUGCAGUCAUCGCUCUCGUGUUACCAUACAGCCAUUACGUAGAAACCAAUACGUCACAUUUGCCCAUCAAACCACUGUUGCCACACUGGCUCGAUGCCAUAUCCCUCCCAUUCAAUUUGGAGGCCCAGUCCUUUUUCGAACAAUUGGAAACGAUGGGAUUUUGUGUUGAGGCCUGGACAAAGGCGCCCUAUUUAUGCGAAGGUGAUUUGCGACAAUCAUUUUAUUGGCUCGUCGAUGUCGUUGUUGUCUUAUCCAAAAAAUAGAAACGUUACAGCUUUCUUCACCGUUCUUCUUUCGAUAAACAAAAUAUUUACACACUUUACACACACAGAACAACUAUAAACAAUAAUGUCUAUCGAUUAAUCUUGUGAAUUUUCUUGAAAAGACUUAUUCAAUGUACUUAAAUUAGCAACAACCAAAAAAACGACACUUUUAUGCUUGACGAAGCGUGAAAAAAACGUUUUUAAUUUUAAAAACAAUAAACAAAAACGCUACGAAUUCAAUCAAAUUGUUUGUAUUUAUUUUAGUCCUGUGUUCAUUUCUAGUACAGUCGAAUCGGUAUAGACCCUGGAAUGGUUAAGAAAAAAUCCAACAGAGGGAAAUGUCAACGAAAAUAAUUAGGAAACAUAAAAGUCAGUGAGUAAACACGUUGUGUGAAUAUUUUUGCGGCAUUGUGAUAAUAUUGUCAUUUCAGCUGUUUAGCAAUUCUUUGGUCAAAUUGUGAAAUUUUCUCAUUUUGAUUGGAUUUUUUGUUGUUGAACGCAUUGAGAUUAGGAAACGAAUGUUGUUGUUUGGGUGAAAAAGCGUCGACGAAUAUGCUGCUAUUUUGUCCAACUUGCGGCAAUCUAUUAUUGGUCGAAGAAAGUGCGAAUUGCUUACGAUUUUCGUGUGGUACAUGCCCUUACAUCAGUAACAUAUCACGAGUGGUGAAAUCGCGUAAUUAUCCGAAGUUGAAGGUAAAUUUUUUUUAUUGAAGCAUUUUCACCUCAAUUAUCAGCUAUUUAUGGUCGCCUUUUCGCAUCGAAUAUCAUAAUUUCAGGAGGUUGAUGCGGUUAUGGGUGGUUCGGCUGCAUGGGAGAACGUUGAUUCAACAGACGCUGUUUGUCCUGCCUGCAAUCACGGUCGAGCCUAUUUCAUGCAAAUGCAAACCCGGUCAGCUGACGAACCGAUGACAACAUUUUACAAAUGCUGCAACGCAUUGUGCGCCCACAAUUGGCGUGAUUAAAAUGUGAAUCAAGCGUGAACAAAAUACACAAACAUACACACACACAGUCAACAAUUUUGAUGGACAAAAUGAAACGUUUUGUGAGCUCUCUGAACAAUUAUUUUUCGCAAGCACAGAAAAUGAGUAGCAAAUUAAGUGAUAUAAAUAUGAAUAACGUUGCAAUGCUAUCGAAUGGUUGUGCCAAUCCAAUGGGUAUGUCAAAAACUAUGAGCUGCUGUGAUGAGCAUGCGGUUGAAAUAGCCGCUGAUCGAAUGCAUCAUGGUGAGGUAAUUGCUUUGCCAACGGAUACGGUUUAUGGUUUGGCGUGCAGUGCCAACGAUCCGCAUGCCAUACAAAAGUUGUACGAGAUAAAAGGACGCGACGAAGAGAAACCGGUUGCCGUAUGUGUGUCAAGUAUAUCACAACUGAAGCAUUACAGCGAAGCAUCACACUUACCCGAUGAAUUGCUGUCUCGAUUACUCCCCGGGGCAGUUACAAUUAUCUUAAAUAAAUCCAAGUACUUGAACAACCCAUUUUUGAACAAUGGAAUUCGCAAGAUUGGCCUUCGCAUUCCCGAUUAUGAAUUCAUUCAAAAAGUUUCGGCCAAAUUUAUUGAGCCCAUCGCACUGACCAGUGCAAACAAAAGCGGUGCCAGCAGUACAUUGGAUGUUUUUGAAUUUGCCGACCUUUGGCCAGAUCUGAGUGUCGUAUUUGAUGGUGGACAUUUGGGCGACAGGGAUAAUGAUAUGAAACAACGUUGUGCAUCGACUGUUGUGGAUCUAUCAGUACCAGGCUACUACCAAAUCAUACGCAACGGCAUUGCCAUGGAACAUACUAUUAGUACGAUGAAAGAAUUUGGUAUUCAAAAUAGCUAGCCUUAGUAUUACGAUUUAUUUUAUUAACUCUAAAACCAAUAAAGAAAAUAAACACUA